AUGGAACUAGAGGGAAUCAACAACCUGCCUGCAUCAGCUGGCAAGAGACAAGAGUCAGAAGCCGUCUUCCUCUUGUUGAAGGUCUGUAGAAGGGAGGAAUUGGAGGGAGAUGAGCGACCUCGCCUCAAUCAGCUCCUCAGCAACCUGGCUACCCUCAACCUUGCAAGCAACCGCAUUGACAAAGAGGGUGCUAAAAUACUAGCCACUGAGCUUGAGCGAGCGACAAUGCUCAAGACCUUGGACCUUCGCUGGACUGUCAUAAGUGAUUCGGGGAUUGGGGCUCUGGCUUCGAAGCUGGGGGAGCUUGUCACGCUCACUGCUUUGAACCUAGGGUUCAACGAAAUCAGUAGCGGUGGUGCAAGGCGGCUGGGCCCACAGCUAUGCAAGCUGGUCAAGCUCACCUCCCUCGACCUAGGGCACAACCGGAUUGAGGCUGCCGGUGCGAGGGUGCUGGCUUCUGCACUGGGAGCCUUGUCAUGCUUGACAAACCUAGACUUGGGCCACAAUAGGAUGGAGGCCGGUGGUAUCCAAGCUCUUGCCCCUGUUCUCAGCAAGAUGACUAGAUUAGAGUCCCUGAAUCUGGGGGUCAACAAUAUGGGAGAGAAGGGGGCUCCGUGGUUGGCCAGCAUCCUGAGCGGGAUGGCAGGGGGAGCCCUCAAUCAUCUUGCGCUUGGGCACAACUUCUUGGAGGCAGGAGGUGCUGUGGUGCUGGCGCCUGUACUUGGUCGGCUGUCACGACUGACCUACCUUGACGUUGGGGGCAACUUCCGAAUGGAGUUUGGGACUGCUGCCGUCUUCUGGGGCCCAGAGUUGCAGAAGCUGGAGUUGCUCACCACUUUGAACCUGGAAAACAAUGUGAUUGAUGACAAAGGAGCCAGUGUCUUGGCCGUGUUUCUCAGGAAGAUGGUGGGCUUGGCCAACCUAAACCUGCAAGGAAACCGAAUUGGGGACGAGGGCGUACAGUCAUUAGCGUCAACUCUAGGGGGCAUGUCAGGGCUCACUGCUGUUGAUCUGAGUAAUAACCAAGUCCACAACCUGCCGCUCAACCUGCUGAGAGCACCCGCUCUCUGCACUCUCCUCUGCAAAGGAAAUAGGAAUCUGCAAUCCCCACCGUUGCCGGUCGCCCUGCAAGGGGUCCAGGCAAUGCUCGAGUGGCUGGAGGAUGUCGAGUCCUCAGGGCUUGAAAAGAAGGCGCUUGCAAAGCUUGUGUUUAUUGGCCUGCCAAGGGCAGGAAAGACCAGCCUUUUCAAGGCGCUUUCGAAGCAAGACGUAUCUCUGGGUGAGGCGACCACUGUUGGUGGCAACCUGGGGUUCAUUGAGUGGAAGGUGGCGGACGAGAAAGAGACGGUCACCUUCAGGGCGUUUGAUUGGGCUGGACAGAAACAGUAUGGGGCAAUGCAACGGCUCUUCUUUACCAAAGAGCACUGCCUUUAUCUUUUGGUCGUCGACAUCAGCAAGGAUCCGGAGGACGACCUAGACGAGAUCAAUGCCCGAGUAGACCUCGUUCAAGCGGUUGCUCCAGGUGCCACAUUUAUCCUUGUUGGAACCAAGGGCGACUUGAUUGACCGUCUUAUAGCGUUGAGAAGGCUUGAAUUGGUUCGGAGCAAAAUACAGGAAGCUCUAGACACCGAAGUCAGACGUGUUGCCGAGGCAUUUGAUGUAGACAACCUGGACCGCUACUUGGGGCAGCCAGCCCCGCUCCUUCUCGAAGAAUUGUUUGUCGUUAGUUCGAUCGGGACAUCGCAACAGGGUCGCGACCCGAGCCUACGCGCUCUGGAAGGCCAUAUUGCGGCUAUUGUAACGAACGACCCAGUUAACUUCAAGGUCGGGUUGCCCAAAUCAUGGGUCGCCCUUAUGGGUGCGAUCCUGGGAGUGCAAAAACAGUUGGAGCAAUCGGACAGCUCGUCAACGGUGGUAGCAAGGAGAGUCAUCAGCAUGGAGGAGUUCAAUGCUCGGUUUCGGUCCCAGGAGGAUUCUGCAAGCGCAGGAGCUCUUCGAUACUUGACCGAAGUUGGGUACGUGCUUCACUUUGAGAAGUUGGACGGGUUGCGGGGCAAGGUCUUCUUGGAUCCGGCGUGGCUGGUGGGGGAGUGCCUUGGCACUCUGUUCGACCAUACGCUUGCGGACAGGUACAAGUCGCAUCCCAACGCCAAAGUCAGCGACGCCGCAAUUCAGUUGUGUGAAAGAGGCGUUCUCGAGACGUUUCUCAUACCCGAGCUAUUGGGGGAGUCUGGAAUCUGCACACGCGCGCCUCCAAAAGACGGCCACUGGUGGCAGGGUGGGGUACUCACAAACCUGAACGGCGUGUCCAUCAACAUCCAGAGGCGCAAUCCCGGCGACCCAAACGGCUUCAGCCAUUUUGACAUCCUCGGGAGUAAGCCCGUUCAAAACGAUGGGGAUAGCCAGAACACGAACACUGAAAUAUGGGCGGUGAUCGAUCGGGUUGUCCUUAAAGCAAUCAAGGUGCACAGGGACUUGUUUGGAGGCGACCAACUGAUCCACUACUCCGCAGCAUGCCCUGAACAUCUCGGCUGCUUUGUUCCCCUUCCCUACUCCAUACUAAGCGAGAUUCUCAAGCCGGGUGCCAUGGGCGUGGUGAGGAGCGGCUUCUCCGACUGCCCUUCCGGCGACCAUACCGAGGUGCCUUGGGAGCAGAUUGCCCCGGAUCCAGGGCCGUUGAGCAAUGCACAAACAUUGGAGACCCUGAUCGGGAUUGCGUCGUCUGUGGACGAUAUGGCUCGGGCCCAACGGGCCUUUCCGAAGUUGCUCGACAAUGCCACCCAGUUCCUGGCAAAGCUGGUGGAGGAUGUGGCCGACACAGUGGUGGAGGUUAGCACCGCCAGAACGCCCCGGGCCUUUGCCAUCUCGCCGGGUUUUUCGCGCACCGACCCUCUGAAGGACAUGUCGCACGUCCUCGAGACCGUCGCUACGGAAACCCAAGCUUUGGAAGCGGAGGUCAACGAGGGUCUGGUUCAGGCGGCGCAAAAGUACCUGCUGAUCGGUUACCACUUCCUGAGCCGGGAGCUCUUCCAGCAUACGGCGAUCAUGUAUCUUCUCUGCGAGAAUUGCUUUCGCGUGCCGGUCGGCCAUAAGGGGUACACGAUCCACCGGAACACCCAGUGGGGCAACCGGCUCGCAUCUGCCCUCACGAUCCUGAUCGCCCUCGGGAAGAUAGCCAACGUCGUUGGCAACGUCGUGGGAGCCAGAGAGGCCGUGGCUCCCUUCGUCAAAGUGGUAGAGCUGCUCAAGAAGCCCCUCACGACCGAGGAGGGCUUGCCCAGCACCGUCCGAGACCUCACGGCCCAGAUGCAACACUUCAGCGAGAAGGGCCUCGACUCGGUGGAGCUCACCGGGUUCUUAGAGGAGCACGACAAAGGUAGCGAGUGGAGAAAGUUCCUCUUCCUCGAGCGCAACCGGGGGAGGGAACCCGGGAGGCCUGCGGUGCUCUGGGUGUGCGCCAGCUGUCAGCGGCCGAGGAAAUCACUGGACCACCCCGGUGACAAGGGAGCGAAGGACGGCAGCCCGCCUGGUGGGCAGGGGUGCUGGGCCAGAUUGACGAGUUGCUGCACUGCUGGCAGCUCUCCUUAA